AUGAGUCCCACCGCUAGCGUCAAACUGAACAUUUUUAACGGCAUCCCGAUACGUUGCACAGUUUUUCCGCGAAAUCCAACGCUUCUGCCGUGGGAUAGCCUACCGGAAUCUUUUCGCAGUGUCCAGUAUGUGCAGCAAUCUGUCUACGCCUCGAACGGAUCGGGCGGGCUCGAUGGAAUGCUGCUCGGUAACAUGGCGGAGGCGAUGAAUUUCACUGCUGAAACAAUGGAUGCAUCCGACGGAUUGGAAUAUGGAUAUAGGCUGAAUAAUGACAGCUAUGUAGGAUCGCUCGGCGAUCUAUUACAGUACCGGACAGACGUUUCGUUUAACAUUCGCUUCAUGAAGUAUUACGACACACAUGGAAUCGAGUUCCUGCAUCCGAUAUACUCCGACCAGCUGUGCAUCCUAUCUCCAAAGUCGUUGGAAAUACCUCAGUGGUUGGCCAUCUUUCUCUGCUUUCAUCCCAAUGUUUGGGUGUCAUUUGUGGCGAUUGGAUUCUUCGGAGGCUACUGUUGGUACGUAUUACGACGCUGGGGACUAUGCAAGGUACGCCGCUACAGGCAACGUUUGCGCAAAGGUGACCGUACCCAAUGCUCCGUGCUAUCGAUCGAGAUGUGGCUGGUACUGCUGGGUGCAAGCUCAACGCAUUUGCCAGUUCGAAUGAUCGAGCGGUUACUUCUUACAGUGUUUCUCAUUGCGAACGUUAUUAUAUCUGGAACAUUUCAGGGCACUCUGACCACAGCGUUCAGCACCAAAACUUACUACAAAGAUCUAAACACCUUGGCGGCACUCGAUCAGUCUGCGCUGCCGAUCGCAACGUCAUCCCGUUCACUGUUGGACAUAUUCGGAAAUGCUUCACUCAGUCCAUUGUAUCAGUCACUCAAAGGAAAGCUUCAAAUACUGAACGAAUCCGCUCGUCACCGAGCAGCCUAUCAACGGGAUGUGUGCAGCAUCGAGCGUCAUUCAGACGUGCAUCUGAUCAUCAACACUGAGUAUAAACGACCGAACGGACAACCGAUGCUGCACGUCGUUGAGGAGUGUCCUCGCGUGUAUUCGCUGGCCUACAUCGUCCGGAAAGGUUGGUCAUUCGCACCACUGUUCAAUGCCGCCAUAUACCGCUUCGUCGAGUCUGGUCUGUGCAUGAAAUGGUACUCCGAUACCGAAGAUGCACUGAUAGUGCAGAAACGUAUCCAGCAGCUGAUCGAACAUCGCGAGGAGCCAGCACUGCGGAAACUUACCGUCGUUGACAUGCAAACAUCAUUUUACAUCAUGGCAAUGGGAGUAUUUAUCAGCUUGAUGGUUUUCGUGGUUGAAACGUUUAUCGGCCGGCGAGAGUAA